AUGUGUUGUGUGUCUGCAGGAGGAGGUGAGAGUGUUGUGUGUCUGCAGGAGACCGGAGCCUCAGACCGGAGCCUCAGACCGGGGCCUCAGACCGGAGCCUUAGACCGGAGCCUUAGACCGGAGCCUCAGACCGGAGCCUCAGACCGGAGCCUCAGACCGGAGCCUCAGACCGGAGCCUCAGACCGGAGCCUCAGACCGGAGCCUCAGACCGGGGCCUCAGACCGGAGCCUUAGACCGGAGCCUCAGACCGGAGCCUCAGACCGGAGCCUCAGACCGGAGCCUCAGACCGGAGCCUCAGACCGGAGCCUCAGACCGGAGCCUCAGACCGGAGCCUCAGACCGGAGCCUCAGACCGGAGCCUUAG